GACAGCUUACACAUCUGUGCUGCUUUCGAUGAAUCGAAAGCAUCACUGAAACUAUUUAUACUCGAUAAAAAUAUAUAUUUCUGACCAGUGCUGCCACCUUGUCGCUGUUGUUGUGCGCCAACUUUGAAAACCGCACAUAAACAAGAUGGAUAAGCAAAAUCCAAAUAAGAAUAUACCCAGUUUUACGUCUGUCUGCGGGGUUCGACGCAUCUGCAGCAAAUCGAAAAUGCUAUAUACACGACCCAAACCAGAUGUACUAGAAAGCAUUCUACAAUCCAAGGCGAACGCGGAUUAUAAAUCGCGUCGUCUGUGGUACGAAUUGAACAUGCCCGAAUGUACCAGCCAUUUGUUUGAUGGCCAAAUGUUAUCUGAUAUGCCUGAGAGUUUGACCUGCGCGAAGUCUCGAUCACGCCGCAAGCUAGCCGACAAAGCCGAAGAAGGUGAGUCCAGAAGUAAAGCCUCGUCCAACUAUAUGGUGAUGCGGCAGGAACGCGAGCAUUUCCGUACGAAGCUCGUAGAGCUGAUCUUGCAUAUGGAUGAUGAUCAGGAGUGGUCUGACGGGCAAAGCCUUUUUCCCGAUCAAGGCGAACGUGAAGUCUUACGCUAUUAUUACUAUAUUAAACACGGCAUCGACACCAUUCACGUCUCGACCAUCAGCAAGAAGACCCUGAAGCGAAUUGACAACCUGGUGCCGGCACUCUUGAAGAAAUGGGAUUCAGCUUUUAUCGAGAACAUUGCCGAGGUGCGCUCCGACUAUGUGUUUGCCAUGAAGAAAGCUGUCGUCGACUUCGUUUUGCGUCAUUCGGUCCUGGAUCGCUUGACCCAGGAGGGGGCUCCACUGAAGUUCGAUACGGCUGAGCGCCGAGAAAUUGAAAAGUUAAUGAAUCAUUUUCGAUAUCGCUAUGAUGAGAAUCGCAAUCGCUUGAAAACCACUUUGUUUUCCAUCCAUCGCAGCGUGGCCAGCAUUCUGGAAGUGUGGAGCUUGAAGUACAGCAACAAAACCUUGGUCAACAUUGAUGAGCUGAGCAAGGUCGAAGAGCCAUUCCCUUUAUUCAGCUUUAUCUAUACAUGCGGCAAUCACAUCGAAAAUGGCAAGAACAUGCUGGAGGAUGUCUGGUAUGGUGAGAUACACACGACUUUGUUAAAGGCCAGCAAACGUGGCCAAUUGCCGGAUAUACGACGCAUGACAUUGGUGAAGCGCUUCUUCAACUGUGUCGCCGCAUUGAUGACCCAACAGCUCGAGGACAUUUGCAUACGCAGCCUUAACGCAUUUGCCAAUUACGUUUGCGAUUUCGGUAAAUCAAAUCCUGGCUUUGAGAUCGCCUGUAUAUUGGCGGAUGAGGAUACGAUCACAUUCAAUCCGAGCUUCUCGAAAAUACAAAGUGAACUUUUGCGCGUGAUUGAUUCGAUUGUGCAUUCGGUGCAGAUGUUGCCACGCAUCGAGGGUAAACUCUAUACGGAUCUGAAGAUAUCGAAGAAGUUGUUCCUAACGCCCACCGUGCCGGAUAGUAUUGUUGCCGAUACGAAGAAUAGAAUAUGCAUGAUGCUCGAGGAGCAGCGCAUUGGUCCCGAGCUCCGUUUGCAGGACUUUGAUGCGUUCAUUGAUCUGAUCAAUGGCAUGGAUUCGGAGCGUGUUGCUCGCUUUAUGGACGGCAAUGCUACCUUCCAGCAGUACACGGAUAUGGUUUACGAAUACCGAGAGAAGGAGGAUCGCAUUGCGAAGGAGGUCUGGGGCGUCAUACGUAUGGGCCUCUAUGAAUUCCAUCGGGAUAAUUUUAUUGUGCAUGUCGAAUCGCUGGCCAGACAGAUCCAGACAGAUCUGCUCGCUCGCAUGGUGAGCGAUCAGCAGGCGCGCAUCUCCCGGCUGGGCAAGGAGUACGAUAUGAUAGCGAAGAAGGCGCUUACUGUGCCCAAGGAUACGGCUGAGCUAAUGGAACUGAAAGCAUAUGUGGUGCAUGCCGAGGAGAAUCUGGUGCCCGAAAUGGAGGGACGCCUGAAGGUCAACAUGAGCGAAAUCCUUUGGCUAAUGGAUCACACGCUGUACUCCCCGCUGGAGAUCAAGAACAAUAGCAACUCCUUCCAAUGGUAUUUGAAAUUGGCGUCAGUCUUUGAGCAGCAUCGCCUCAUCAUCGCCGAGAAGGUGAUCGAGUACCAAGAGCUACUCAAGAAACGCAUCGAGAUGUUUCGUCGCGAGCUGCAGAGCUACUACGACCAGGUGCAGCUGUACGAUACGUGGGGCGACAUUAAGCAGCUGUCGAAGUAUAAGAAGCGAGCCGGCUUGCUGGAUCAGCGACUGGUCAAUGCCAUGGAGACCAUCGAUCAGAUAAACGAGGAGGAGACAUCUUAUGGCUGGGAUCUAUCCCAAUAUUCAGUGCGCAAGAAGGCGCACGAUCAGCUCAAGCCCUACAAGAAUCUGUUCGAUGCGGGCCAGGACUUCAUUGACAAGUGGGAGCUGUGGAUGUACUCGCAAGUGGGCUCCUUUGAUCCGGACGAGAUUGACCAGGAUGUGUCCAACUUUUAUCGCAUUGUGCAAAAGCUGGAGAAGCAGAUGUACGAUCAUCCCAUUACCAUGCAGCUCAUCAUGGAUGUCAAAGAGCAAAUGGAACUCUUCCGCGGACAUAUGCCCAUCAUAAAUACCCUCGGCAAUCCAGGCAUGAAGGCGCGCCAUUGGGAGCAGGUGUCCGAAAUUAUCGGCUUCCCCAUCAAAGUGUCGCCGGAGCUGACGCUGGAGAAGAUUAUUGACUAUCAGCUGGAUGAGUAUGUGCCCAAGUUUGAAGCCAUCUCGGAGAGUGCCACCAAGGAGAAUAACCUUGAAAAGGCCAUGGCCAAAAUGGUCAACGAAUGGGAGGGCGUUGAGUUUGGCAUAUCGCCAUACAGGGAUUCUGGUACCUUUAAGCUGUCCGCCGUGGACGACAUACAAAUUUUGUUGGACGAUCAAAUCAUCAAGACGCAGACAAUGAAGAGCUCACCCUACAUCAAGCCAUUCGAGGCGGAAAUACUCAAGUGGGAGGCGAAGCUGAUGCUGCUGCAGGAGAUAUUGGACGAGUGGCUGCGCGUGCAGUCCACCUGGAUGUAUCUGGAGCCCAUUUUCAGCAGUCCAGACAUUCAGCAACAAAUGCCCGAGGAGGGACGUCGCUUCAGUGCUGUCGAUAAGAUUUGGAAGGAGCUGAUGAAGCAGGUCUCACUGGAUCCACGCGUGAUGACCGUUGUCCAAAUCGACAAGAUGAAUGACAAGCUGAAGCGGGCAUAUAAUCUGCUCGAGAUCAUACAGAAGGGUCUCAAUGCCUACUUGGAGAAGAAGCGUUUGUACUUUCCGCGCUUCUUCUUUCUGUCCAACGACGAGCUGCUCGAAAUUUUGUCGGAAACGAAGGAUCCCACGCGCGUACAGCCGCAUCUCAAGAAGUGCUUCGAGGGCAUUGGCUCGCUCACCUUCACCGAGGAAUUGGAGGUCACGGCGAUGCGUUCGUCGGAGCGCGAAGUAGUCGUGCUGGCCGACGUCAUUUCGACGGCCAAGGCACGCGGUCAGGUGGAGAAGUGGCUGCUGGAGCUUGAGAUUGACAUGAAAAAGAGUUUGCAUCAGAAGAUAUCGGAGGCAUUCUACAGCUACGUUAAGAUGCAGCGCAACAUUUGGGUGCUUAGCUGGCCGGGUCAGUGCGUCCAGUCGAUAUCGCUGACCUAUUGGACUCUAGAGAUCACUGAGUGCUUCCUAAGCGAAAAACCAAAGGAGAAUUUGGCCAAAUAUCUGCAGAAAUGCAUGAAUCAAAUUAUGAAGAUCGUCGAUCUGGUUAGAGGUGAUCUCAACACACAGAAUCGUAUUACACUGGGCGCUCUGGUCGUGCUCGAUGUCCAUGCACGCGAUGUACUCGCAGAGAUCGUUGAGAAAGAGGUCGAAGACUUGCAGGACUUUCAAUGGCUGUGCCAAUUGCGCUACUACUGGGAGGAGAACAACUUGGAUACGCGCAUGAUCAACUGCUCAUUGCCCUACGGCUAUGAGUACUUGGGCAAUACUCCCCGAUUAGUGGUUACUCCAUUGACCGAUCGCUGCUAUCGAACUUUGUUUGCCGCCUUGAAUCUGCAUUUGGGCGGCGCUCCGGAGGGUCCAGCUGGCACGGGCAAAACGGAGACCACCAAAGAUUUGGCCAAGGCCGUCGCCAAGCAGUGCGUCGUCUUCAAUUGCUCCGAUGGCUUAGAUUACUUGGCUCUCGGCAAGUUCUUUAAGGGUUUGGCUUCCUGCGGCGCCUGGUCCUGUUUCGAUGAGUUCAAUCGUAUCGAUCUGGAGGUGUUGUCCGUGGUCGCCCAACAGAUUCUCACCAUACAGCGUGGCAUCAACUCGGGCUCGCCCACUUUGGUCUUUGAGGGCACGACCCUAACGCUGGAUCCCACUUGUGCCGUCUUCAUUACCAUGAAUCCCGGCUAUGCAGGACGAUCGGAAUUGCCCGAUAAUCUAAAGGCUCUCUUCCGCUCAGUGGCUAUGAUGGUGCCGGAUUAUGCCUUAAUUUCCGAGAUCGAAUUGUACUCCUAUGGCUUCCUGAGGGCCAAGCCACUCUCGGUGAAGAUUGUGGCCACCUACCGUCUAUGCUCCGAGCAGCUGAGCACCCAGUGCCAUUACGAUUAUGGUAUGCGAGCUGUCAAGUCUGUGCUGAAGGCAGCUGGAGCAUUGAAGCUGCGCUAUCGUGAUGAGAGCGAGGACAUACUUGUGCUGCGCUCCAUCAAGGAUGUCAAUUUGCCCAAAUUCUUGAAUCAGGACAUACCAUUGUUCCAGGGCAUCACCUCGGAUCUGUUCCCGGGUGUCACCCUGCCCGAGGCUGACUACGUCGUCUUCAAUGCGUGCACCAUGAUGGCCUGUGAGAAGCAGAACAAGCAAUGCACACCGUUCGUACUCGAGAAGGUGCAGCAGCUGUAUGAGAUGAUUGUGGUGCGACAUGGCCUAAUGUUGGUGGGCUAUCCGUUCGGUGGCAAGACCACAACAUAUCGCAUCCUGGCCGAGGCGCUUGAGUGCAUGGAGAAAAAGGAUGGCUCUGAGAAUCGAGCCAUAUACACGAUCAUCAAUCCGAAGGCUAUAACCAUGGGCCAGCUGUAUGGCCAGUUCGAUGCCGUCUCGCAUGAGUGGAGUGACGGCAUCUUGGCUGUGAAUUAUCGCAUCUUUGCCGUAUCCGAUACUCCGGAUCGAAAGUGGCUUAUCUUCGAUGGACCUGUGGAUGCCAUUUGGAUUGAGAACAUGAACACUGUGCUGGACGAUAAUAAGAAAUUGUGCCUAAUGUCCGGCGAGAUUAUUCAGUUGUCGAAUACGACCAAUUUGAUAUUCGAGCCGAUGGAUCUGGAGGUGGCUUCGCCGGCCACCGUUUCACGCUGUGGCAUGAUCUAUUUGGAGCCCAGCUCGCUGGGCUGGGAGCCGCUGGUCACCUCCUGGAAGAACACUCUGCCCGCUGCCUUCCACAGCGUUAGCAAACAGCUCAUCUCCAUGAUGAUCUCGCGCUUCUGUCCGCUCCUCUUGUACGUGGUGCGCAAGGGGCUGCGUGAGAUCGCGCCCACUUCGGACACCAAUCUGAUGGUCAGCUUGAUGAAUUUCUUUGAGUGCUUCAUCGAUGAUUUCCGUGAUGAAAAGUAUGUGGCGAACAUUUCGGACUUGGACUUUCGUGCGCAAACCGAAGGCAUUUUCCUAUUCUCGGCAAUUUGGUCGAUCGGUGGUUCGCUGACUGCCGAGAGCCGGGAGAAAUUUAAUAUUGUCUUUCGUGCGCUCAUGGAGAAGACUUUUCCGCAAAGCCUCUACGAGACGUAUGGCGUUACGGAGGAUUUGUACGUGGAGCCGUUAUCCAAGCCCUUCAUAUUUCCCAUACCCAAACAGGGCUCGGUGUUUGAUUAUCGCUAUAUAAAGGAGGGCAAGGGCAAAUGGAAGCCCUGGCAGGACGAUGUCAACUCAGCACCGCCUCUGCCGCGCGAUAUACCCGUCAACCAGAUUCUCAUCCAGACCAACGAGAGCGUACGCAUAGCAGCCGUAUUGGAUUUGCUGGUGCGCCAUGGCAAUCCCCUGAUGUUAGUCGGGCCCACCGGCACGGGCAAGAGCGUCUAUGUCAUCGACUAUAUGCUAAAGAAAAUGGAUUUGCUUGUGUACAAGCCGCUCUUCAUCAGCUUCUCGGCGCAGACGUCCGCCAAUCAGACACAGGAUAUUAUAAUGUCCAAGCUGGAUAAGAGACGCAAAGGCGUCUUCGGACCACCGCUGAAUAGUCACUUUGUCAUCUUUGUGGACGAUGUCUCGAUGCCGCUGAAGGAGAACUACGGUGCACAGCCGCCCAUUGAGCUGUUGCGCAUGAUGCUCGAUCAUAUGAUGUGGUAUGAUCGCAAGAACAUUGUGCCCAUGAAGCUAAUCGAUCUGCAGAUGAUUGUGGCCAUGGGACCGCCCUCGACGGGCAAUACAGUGACGCCGCGUUUUCAGCGCUUCUUCAAUGUGAUCGCCAUUGAUGACUUCAACGAUGAGAUUAUGAAUACGAUUUUCGGCAAGAUUGUGCUCUGGCAUCUGGAUGCGCGUGGCUUCUCGAAGGAAUUUGAUCCUUGUAUUGAUGAGAUUGUGGGUGCAACGUUGUCUGUGUACAAUGAUGCCAAGUUGAAUCUGUUGCCCACGCCCGCCAAGUCCCAUUAUCUGUUCAAUUUGCGCGACUUUUCGCGCGUUAUACAGGGCGUGCUGCUGUCUGUGCCGGAGGCUACGGAGGACAUGAACUCGAUGCGGCGACUGUGGGUGCACGAGGUGUUGCGCGUCUAUGGCGAUCGCCUGGUGGAGGACAGCGAUCGCAGCUGGCUAUUUGGCAAGCUGUGCGCCACUGUGCAGGACAGCUUCAAUAUUGAUGCGCAGCGUCUGUUUUCGCGCUUUGUGCAGCAGGGUAAAAAGCUGGAGGAGAACGACUUCCGGCAGUUGAUCUAUUGCGAUUUUACCAAUCCGAAAGCGGAUACGAAAAACUAUGUCGAGGUCCAAGAUCUGGAAGAGCUGCGCACUGUUGUGGAGGCGUAUCUAGUCGAGUAUAAUAAUAUGUCGAAGAAACCAAUGAAUCUGGUGCUUUUCCGCUUUGCCAUCGAACAUUUAUCGCGCAUAUGUCGCAUCAUAAAGCAGCCACGUAGUCAUGCUCUGCUCAUCGGAGUCGGCGGCUCCGGGCGGCAGAGCUUGACUCGAUUGGCUUCGCAUAUAUGCGACUAUGAGCUCUUUCAAGUGGAAAUAACUCGAUUGUAUGGUCCGUAUGAGUAUCAUGAGGAUAUCAAAAGCAUCCUACGUAAAAUUGGGGCUUCUGAAAUGCACGGCGUAUUUCUCUUUACGGACGUUCAGAUCAAGGACGAGUCCUUUCUGGAGGAUAUUAACAAUCUGUUGAACUCCGGCGAGGUGCCCAAUCUGUUCACCAAUGAGGAGAAAAUCGAGGUGGUCGAAAAGAUGGCACAAAUCGAUAAGCAGCGCGACAAGGCCGUGCAAACCGAUGGCAGUCCCAUUGCCCUAUUUAACUUUUUCGUUACGACCUGCAAGGACCAGCUGCACAUUGUCCUGGCCAUGUCGCCGAUUGGCGAUGCUUUGCGUAAUCGUAUACGCAAAUUUCCCUCGAUUGUCAAUUGCUGUACGAUCGAUUGGUUCCAGCCUUGGCCGGAGGAUGCUCUGCUGGCGGUAUCCACACGUUUCCUGGCCUCCGAGGAGCUAACUGCCCUGGAACGCAAAACAGCCAUCGAUAUGUGCAUGGAGUUUCAUACGUCCACACAGGCAUUGUCUGCCCAGUUCUUUACGCUUUUGCAUCGCUACAACUAUGUGACGCCCACAUCCUAUCUGGAAUUGAUACAGACAUUCAAGUCGCUGCUUAGCCAGAAGAGAAACAACAUCACGAUGAACCGCAACCGCUAUUUGACGGGUAUUUCGCAGCUGGACAUUGCCGCCCAGCAGGUGGCCGUCAUGCAGGAGCAGCUGCAGGCGCUGGAGCCCAAGUUAAAGGAGGCAUCCGAGAUCGUGGCCGAGCAGGUGGCCAAGGUGACCGCCGACAGUAAGCUGGCAGCCGAGCAGCGCGAGCUGGUCAAAGAAGAUGAGCAGGCGGCCAAGGUGCAGGCAGCUGUGGCUCAAGAGAUCAAGGACGAAUGCGAUGCCAAAUUGGGCGAGGCUCUGCCCAUUCUGGAAGCUGCUCUCUCGGCCUUGAACACGCUAACCACUGCUGAUAUCGCUGUGGUCAAGACUAUGAAGAGUCCGCCCAUCGGCGUGCGCAUUGUUAUGGAGGCUGUUUGCAUUCUCAAGGAAAUGAAACCGGACAAGGUACCAAAUCCAAGUGGCGUGGGCACCGUGGAGGACUACUGGGGUCCAUCGAAACGUGUGCUGAGCGACAUGAAAUUCCUGGACAGCUUGCUCAACUUCGACAAGGACAACAUAUCGCCGGAUGUGAUGAAAAAGCUGCAGCAGCGCAUUCUCAACAACGAAGCGUUCGAUCCCGAAAAGAUCAAGAUGGCAUCCACGGCUUGCGAGGGCCUUUGUCGCUGGGUCAUUGCCCUGUCCAAGUACGAUGUGGUUGCCAAAGUUGUGGCGCCUAAGAAAAUUGCUUUGGCCGCCGCCGAGGCUGACUACAAUGCGGCCAUGAAGUUGCUCAACGAAAAGCUGGCUCAAUUGGCCAGAGUCGAGGCCAACUUGGCAGCUAUACAGAAGAUCCUCGACGAGCAGCUGAGACAAUAUGGUAUUUUGCUAUCGGAGCACGAGGCCUGCACAAAGAAGCUGCAGCGCGCCCAGGAGCUCAUCUCUGGCUUGGGCGGAGAGCGCACCCGUUGGUCUGAGACAGCUCGAGUGCUUCAGGCGAGCUUCAAGAGCGUCACGGGCGAUGUGCUCAUUUCAUCGGGCGUUGUCGCCUAUUUGGGACCAUUCACCAUUGAUUUUCGCCUAAAGCAAAUACGCAAAUGGGUAUCGAAGUGCCUGGACUAUGGUGUCACCUGCUCGGCCGACUUCCAGCUGGCGGUUGUGCUCGGCGAGCCGGUGGAAGUACGCUUCUGGAAUAUAUGCGGCUUGCCAACGGAUGCGUUCUCCGUCGAGAGCGCCAUCAUGAUGAAAAAUGCACGUCGUUGGCCGCUGAUGAUUGAUCCGCAGGGACAGGCCAAUAAAUGGAUUAAGAACUAUGAGAAAAACAACAAGCUGUGCGUCAUACGCUUGAAUCAGGCGGAUUAUACGCGCGUGCUGGAGAAUGCCAUACAAUUCGGCUUGCCCGUGCUGUUGGAGAACAUUGGCGAGGAGCUGGAUCCCAUACUGGAGUCCAUAUUGCUGAAGCAGCUGUUCAAACAAGGCGGCACCAUGUGCAUUAAGCUCGGCGAUACGGUUAUUGAAUACAAUAAUGCUUUCAGAUUCUACAUGACAACGAAGUUGAGAAACCCCCACUAUCUGCCCGAGGUGGCCGUGAAGGUAACCCUGUUGAACUUCAUGAUUACCACACAGGGCCUGCAGGAUCAGCUGCUGGGCAUUACCGUAGCCAGAGAACGACCCGAUUUGGAGGCUGAGAAAAACAAUCUCAUUGUUCAGGGAGCUGAGAAUAAGCGUAUGCUGAAGGAAACUGAAGAUCAGAUAUUGGAGGUGCUCUCGUCGGCCGAGAAUAUAUUGGAGGAUGAAACUGCCGUGCAGAUUCUGAGCUCAGCCAAAGCUCUGGCCAAUGAUAUCAGCGAGAAGCAAGUGAUUACAGAGGCCACCGAAAAGCAAAUCGAUUUGGCGCGUCUUAGCUAUGUGCCCAUAGCAGAGCAUUCGACAAUUCUCUUCUUUACCAUAGUUAAUCUGGCUAACAUCGAUCCCAUGUAUCAAUACAGUUUGGUUUGGUUCGUCAAUCUGUACAUGUCCUCCAUUGACAAUACGGAGAAGGUGGAUGAUAUUGAGGCGCGUCUGCUGGACUUGCGCAAUCAUUUCACCUAUAGCCUGUACGUCAACAUCUGUCGCAGUCUCUUCGAGCGUGAUAAGCUCUUGUUCUCCCUCAUAUUGAACAUCAAUCUGAUGAAGCACAACAAUUUGAUUGACAAUACCGAAUGGAUGUUUCUGCUAACUGGCGGCAUCGGUCUCGAUAAUCCGUAUAAGAAUCCCACCGAAUGGCUGGGCAUUCAAAAUUGGGAUGAAUGCUGCCGGUUAUCGAACUUGCCCAACUUUAAAGGAUUACGCGAAGAUUUUACCGCGAAUCCGAACAGUUGGAAGCUGCUCUUCGACUCAAAGACACCGCAGGACAAAAAGGACAUGCCAAAGGAGUGGCUCAAGCGUUUAAGUGGCUUUCAGCAUCUGUUGCUGUUGCGCGUCUUUCGACCGGAUAAACUGGUGCCAGCCGUGCUGAAUUUUGUUUCCGACGAGUUGGGUGCUCGAUUUGUGGAUCCACCUCAGUUCGAUCUGAUGGCCUCCUUUGGUGACUCGCACUGCUGUGUGCCGUUGAUAUUUAUUUUGACACCUGGCUCGGAUCCGACAGCGACUCUAUUGAAAUUCGCCGAGGACCAGGGCUUCGGCACAAAUCGUUUGUUCUCCCUGUCACUGGGCCAGGGCCAAGGACCCAUUGCCAUCAAGAUGAUCGAUGAGGGUGUCAAGCUGGGCAAUUGGGUGGUCCUACAGAAUUGCCACUUGGCGGCCAGUUUCAUGCCGUCGCUGGAGAAAGUCUGCGAGAAUCUCUUGCCCGAUUCAACGCAUCCAGAUUUUCGGCUGUGGCUCACCUCCUAUCCGGCUGAUCAUUUCCCGGUUGUGGUGCUGCAGAACGGCAUCAAAAUGACAAAUGAACCGCCCAAGGGCUUGCGUUCGAACAUCAUGCGCUCGAUGCUUAGCGAUCCGAUCAGCGAUCUUGAGUGGUACGAGUCCUGCACACAGCCGCGCGUCUUCAAGCAGCUGAUCUAUUCGCUGUGCUUCUUCCAUGCCGUUAUUCAGGAGCGUCGCUACUUCGGACCCAUCGGCUGGAACAUACCCUACGAGUUCAAUGAAACUGAUCUGCGCAUCUCCCUAAUGCAGCUGCGCAUGUUCCUCAAUCAAUACGAGACGGUCAACUACGAUGCCCUACGCUAUCUGACCGGCGAGUGUAAUUAUGGCGGUCGUGUCACUGACGAUUGGGAUCGUCGUACACUGAAGACUAUACUGGAUCGUUACUAUAGUCCCAGCGUAAUUGAUCUGGAGACGCCUUACUAUCUGGAUGAGACGGGCUAUUACUAUGUGCCCGUCUUCAAGGACGUUGAGUUGUAUUUGAAUUUUACGCGCGACUUGCCACAAAUAUCACCGCCAUCGAUCUUUGGCUUCCAUGCGAAUGCGGACAUCAUGAAGGAUCAACAGGAAACGGAUAUGUUGGUCUCGCAUACGUUGCUAACACAGGACACCAGUGCAGCGUCCGAUGACAGCAGCGGCGCCAAGACGCUAACGCCCGAGGAGGUGGUGACGAACGUGGCCACCGACAUAUUGGAUAAAUUGCCUAAACUAUUCGAUCGCGACGCAGCGCUGCUUCGCUAUCCGACCCUAUAUCAUCAGAGCAUGAACACGGUGCUAGUUCAGGAAAUGGUGCGAUUCAAUGUGCUGCUAAAUACAAUACGCACGAGUUUGAUAACUUUGAGAAAGGGCAUCAAGGGUCUCGUGGUCAUGUCCUCUGCCGUGGAGGCGGUCUACAAGUCUGUGCUGAUUGCCAAAAUUCCGGCCAUGUGGGCCAGCAAGUCCUACCCCAGCCUAAAGCCACUUGGCAGCUACGUCGCGGACUUUAUGCGUCGCCUCGAAUUCCUGCAGCACUGGUAUGACCAUGGCGCACCUGCUACUUUCUGGCUGUCGGGCUUCUUUUUCACGCAAGCUUUCCUAACGGGCGCCCAGCAGAACUAUGCACGUAAAUACGUGAUUUCCAUAGAUUUGUUGGCUUUUGACUAUGAUGUACUGUCGCUGGAGGAAACACAAAUUGGGAAUACCAAAUCGCCUGCAGAUGGCGUCUACGUCUAUGGUAUUUAUCUGGAGGGCGCUUGCUGGGAUCGCCAGCACAAAUACUUGGCCGAAUCGCGUCCACGCAUGCUGUUCGAUACAAUGCCCUUGAUUUGGCUGAAACCACUGAAACGCGUCGAUCUGCCCGAGCGCCACAACUACUUGUGUCCGCUCUACAAGACGGCCGAGCGUCGCGGCAUUCUCUCGACGACGGGACACAGCACCAACUUUGUGGUUGGCAUGCUAUUGGACUGUAAUCCGAAGACACCCAUCGCCCAUUGGAUCAUACGCGGCACGGCACUGCUCUGCCAGUUGAGCUUCUAAAUUGUAUGUUCUGCAUAUAUCGAAGUAUAUGCUAUUUAUGUAUGUAAAUUAACUCUUUUUGCCCUGUGGGCUUGUGCUCGUCUAAUAGUAAAUUGAAAAUAUGCUGCAGUUGCGCAAGAGCUCUGCUCAGACGUAUAUUAAAAUUGUGA